GUCGGCAUGGGGCUGUCCAGAAAGAACUUUGACUGCCUUGGAUCGAAGAACCAAAGCUUUUUCAAACGUCGUGUGCAGUCCUCCUAUCAGAAAGGGUGGAGUCAUGCUGAGAUUGUCCGACUCCAAUUCGUAUUGCUCGGGGAAGUUCUGCCAAAUCUGGAGAGCAUGACAAUCAUGGGCUGCGACCUUGUCCGUUCGCGGAGACCCGUCCCUUCGCAGAGAAACCCUCCCAAGAGCCGUGAGGGGCCUUUCACCAAGGUUCACACGCUCCUCAUUCACGAUAUCCGCGAAGAAGAACACGUCUCACUCGCACAACUCCAUCUUUUCCCAGGACUACUGCGUUUGUCCUUGCGCUCCACUCAUCUGAGGACAUCAACCACAUGCAGCCUUAAGCAUUUGAGAAAACUCACGAUACAUGAUUGUUCCCUUGACAGCAACUCGGAUUUCACCAAAUUACUUCAAGCUUGCCCUCGGUUGGCGGAUCUAUCGGUUGGAGACAUCUUCAUUGGCGUCUCCGACAGACAGGCGCUUGGCAUCAAUCGCGUGGGGAAUGCCAUCCGCGAAUCUUCCCCAGAGAUUCGACAACUACGAGUGGACCUCAAGCCGCGGAAAGACGACUAAUUUGUCAGUUUGGCGGGUCUCAAACACCUCGAAGGACUGACUAUCGACCUGAGCUGCUUAGUCGAUGGAAAGGCUGGGCUGGCAGACUUGACUUCAUUGCUGCCGGAGUGCUUACAACGUGUUCAAAUAGCUGUUCAUCCAACUACCGCUGCUCACUAUGGCGUAGAGAAUUCCGAGCUCCACAAGCUGUUCUGCUCUCUGAACCUGUACAAUGUACCGGGGCUCGUAAUCAUGCAGGGACGGCAAAGGGUAUAAAAGUGCCUAGCUGGCUACUAGACAGUCCUGAUGGCCACGGAAGAAUGGGCUACCCUUCCAGCAGUUUCGUUAGUUUGACAAUGAGAUAGAGUUAGAUAUCCACAAAGUAGUACAGUAACACAACAGCGUCUUUAUGGCACUUGCCAGAC